CAGUAGCACAAAAAAAACCCCCCCGAAUCAAUGGCAAUUUGAAGUGGAAAUGGAAAAUGUGUGGUGUGGUGAAAUUAAAAUUCAUUGAGUGUGUGUAAUCAACCCAACAUAAGAGGCAAAUGAAAACCUCACCUUUCGGCCGGAAAAACAGAGCCAUGAAGCCCCCCCUCGGUGUGUCCUGGCAGCUGGGGCCGUUUAUUAAACAGUAGCCCAUCCUUUCGUUGUAAUUACCUUUCCUAAUCAACUUCCCCGCAAGGCUUCAGCCAUUGAUGCAAAAAGGAGUUUUGCGCCCUGUUUUGUGACUUUAAGCAUGCAAUAACGUAUCAGCACACACAUCGCGCAACUGCGUAAGCGUGCCGAAUCCUUAGAAACGGGAUUUCAUUUCCUCGCACAAAGCGUCUGUUCCGUAUGCCGCAGUGGGCAAGUGUUCGGUCGAGCCGCGUGCCGUGAAACGGUUAAUUGAACAGUGAUGCCAACGCCAUGACGUCGUGUGCUUGAGAAGUGUAAUGGCAUUUACUGCUUUUGCGGAAGCAUCAUCAGCCACGGAAACCGCGUGACGCGAGCUCGAAAGAUAGUCUUUAAGCACAUUUCACACGAUUGACGUCGCACCACAGAUGUUGUCAAUCGCUCUAGAGAGAGAAAGGGCUUGGAAUGCCGCAGGGAGCAGGAGUUUGCUUGUGUCUAGAACAUUCCAACGAUCAUGGACGGCAAGAUCAACGAUGAUCUGCUGUCGCUGCUGCUGCUGCUGCUGCACCAUUGUCCUAAGGAUUCGCUCGGUUGGUUGAAUUUCAAAUGAGCACACAGCUCGGGCUCCACCGUCGCUCUUGUCCCGGCGGCCCCCAAAACGCUACUGGCAGAUGCUGUGUACAUUUGCAUCGUAAGGUUUGACACGGGACGACAAACGAGAAAACUAUCCCCUGCUCUCCAACGGUGGACUCUCCUGACUGAUCAUUCAAACAUCGUGGCGUAUCGGAAAGAUGGUGGUGUGUUUGUGAAAUCCGACAGCACUUUUUGAUGACGGUUAUGAGGGACGUGUGCACAACGAUCCUUCCAAAUGCGCCAAAGGUGUAUAAAUUUUAAUCUAAAAAGCGGAACGUACGCGGACCACAGUCGUGCGUAGCCUGACAUCGGGCAGUCCCUAUUGGGACGAGUGAGGAGAUGCUGCGCACUGCGUGAGGAGAUGACAUCCGUGUCGUGAUGGAACCGAAAAUGAGAUGCCAAGGCGUCUCAAAACAAGCCAGCAGCAGAUCAUAAAGUAUAUAAGGGCAGUGCUUGAUUUACAUAUCCUUCUCCCACUCCACCAUCCCACAGCAAAGGUUGCUGUGGUUGAUAGCGGAAAAAAGGUCGUCGCUCACAGCCGAGGAAUCGAUCGCGGCUGUAUUCUAAUGCGAUCUUUGUGCUUUUCUGUCCAGUUUUAAUAUCAAGCUAAAGCCAUUACUGACUGAGCAUCAUAUCACAUCAGCAUUUAAGGCCGCACACCGUUGGCUAUUUAUUUCUCAUCCCUUACGCCGGGCUUUUACUUUCAACAAUAGCACUACACGGUCGGCAACAAUUGUUUGUUAAACUUUUCGCUUUCAUGAUGUUUCAAAAUAGAACGACACUUUUCGACUUCCUCCUUCCGGGCAUUACUCCCUUCCAAGCAAGCAGCAAGAAGAACAACCCACCGGAUACAAUGUUAGGGUGGAGGUAGCUAGGCAUUUGUGGCAUAAGUCCAACCCCAACCGACCUCCGCCACGCGUGUUGGAAAGGUGGGCGCAGCGAGUAUGAUAGCGUUCAUAACACUGCACCCAGCCACACCACUACAGCAUCACGAGCCGUAAUCGACAAAAUCCGUAAAAUUACCCUCGGCAUGUUCAAGUGUUCCAAUUGUGCUCUCCACCCGGUUCCCUAGAUGGGACGUGAAAUUAUACAUACGUGGGUGUGCGUGUGUGUGUGUGAGAGAUACUGACCAAGUUUAUAACCCACCCACCCUUGCUACAUACAUCACUUGCAGGCACAGAGUGGAAAACAGUGAUGUGGUGAGUAGCGGGACACAGCUAUAGCUUUACGCGCACGUUUUCCAACCAACGCUACGUUACCUAACGACGCGACGCGCGGGGAAUGGAGAAGGGUCACGGAAUAGAGCAUAGAGACUCAGAUUACGAGGAAAAGCGAUAGAAAGACGCACGAUACAGGGGUGGAGAAUGUCGGAAAAGCUGAUGGAAAUGGAGCAGCCCGGUGUGGAGCACACGGGAACGCAAAGGGACAGCGUUGCGGCUCGGCCCCGAGAAAAUUGUCUACACAAGCAAGCAGGGAUCUGGGCCGGCGGACAAAACAAAAACAGCAGCAGGGAGGGCUACCUUUGCCACAUUGUUUGCAUACACACAGUCGACUGACGGUGAAGAAUGUUUUCAUCGAACCGGGAUGAAGAUGUUGCGGCACUAUUUUAAACGCAAGGAGCCAAUGCUGGAUUCAUGUGGAUUCAUUGAGGAAAGUUUCAAUUGAUUUAUUUCUAGAUCUAGUCAGAAAUAGUGAACCUCACUUACUUCAGAACAGGUUAUUCAUAUCCAGGACACAUUUGUGUAUUGAUGAAGUGGUAAUGGAGAAUGGAGGACAGACUUUUGUACCAUUUUUGGAAACAGAUUGGUGCUCGACAAACUCUCCAUCUUCGGUACUGUUUCGCAUAACAUCAUACCUUUAACAAGCUAGUUUUACAGGGUUUUCUAGGGCUUCUCAUAGUUGUGGGACACUUCGUUAACGCUUUGUAAUGUGAAGUGAUCUUCAUACGAUGGAAAUUUGGACAGGCUCCUUGGAAAUUCCUAUUGGAUUUGUCCAACAAUGGUGCUAUAAACUCGAAUAGGAAUUACAUUAGAUUCAUUUCACUUAAGAGUCAAUACAGGGUUUCUCUAGCCCGGUUAAGAUCGGAAGCGAAUAAUUCGAUCACGUAGCAUACAUUUCAACAAUGCGUUUGGUAACAAUGGAAACUCAAAUAAUCUGUCAUUGGUUGCUCGGUACACGCUCGACAUUCAUUUGACAAUGUUGAAUGUUGGGAUUUUACGGAAUGGAAAUUAAGCUUACAGUGUUGAGCAGGCUAGAGAAACACUGUAAAUUGUCCCACAACUAUGACAACUCCUGGAAAACCCUGUAAAAGUCCUUCGCUAAAGCCAACACAACAUCUAUUGUAACUCGUUAUGCGUUAUGUUAUGUGGUUUGAGGGACGCUUCCCCGUAACGCUCCGUUUGGGUCGAUCAGCUGAACUUGAAAUCGCUAUUUAAUCGCACAUCUUCCCACUGAUCUUCCAUUAGAACAUGCUGUGGCGUUCUGGCCUGUGCGCGCUGCAGCACACCAACACAACUACCGGUGUCUGUGUUCUGCCUAACAAUGGCCGCCCGUUACGACACUUCUCGUGGUGCAACAUGUGACUUUCCGGUGCAUGACAAUGAAAGACACCGGUGGUGGUGGUAUAGGGUGUGUUUUUAUGGAGACUACCCCCACCACUACCGGACCCCACAGCUACCCCCUCACUCAGCACACACACACACACACACACACACACACACACACACACACCGAGGGAUGGUGUUGGACGGGGUGCUUACCAUAACACGUAAUCGAUCGUGUGUGCUGCUAUAGGCUCACUAAGUGUCUUACACCGUGAGGAAGUAUGCGUAACGCUACCCCCGGCGCGCUGUUUGCAAUCGCUUGCUCACACGUUCUACGCCAUGCUGUUCCCAUCGUUCCCCCGCAUGUUCUACACUUCACCCGGCUGGACUUUCAUUUUGUACACCGUGGUUCUGUGUGAGAGAGAGAGAGGGUUUUUUUUUUCUUUCAACUGCAGUGAGUCCCCAGGGCAGAGAAGGAACAGAAGAGCCCCCGCGUUGUACACUUUGGUCAGCAAAAUCGAGGGCAAAUUUGCUCCAUUCCUGGGCGAUCCGGACAAAAAGGAAAAAGUGAAGCAGCUUAGCAAUGGAUACGUUUGUGUGUGUGUGUGUGUGUGUGUGUGUGUGUGUGUGUGUGUGUGUGUGUGUGUGUGUGUGUGUGUGUGUGUGUGUGUGUGUGUGUGUGUGUGUGUGUGUGUUAUGAUGAUGAACGUUUGCCGCUUUGCCGUACAACCCUCUCCCUCUAGUGAGCUUCUCUGACCGUAAUCGAAAGGCAGUAUUGCCUGCCUAGUAACUAGUCAACGGUCGCACAGUGGCCGUAACGGAUGUGCAUUCAGCACCUCACAGCAAAGUGUAUCCUGGGUGCAAUUUUCUAGCUUAGUUUUCAAGUGAAUACAAUCCAGAUAGCACAGCCAUUAUUGUACAUCAUCAUGUGCUAUAUUGUAAUUUGACUAAGCAGAUCCAGACAUACGGUAGCCGCGUGCCGAGGUGCAGUGCAGUGCGUUUUAAUGUUUAACAGUGUACCGUACAAUCCCGAGUGCGAAGUGGUCGUACGCUUACGACAAAAACAUAACUCUAGUGUAAUUUUACACACACAGUAAUAGGGGUGGAGAACCUCCCGGUUUCAAGUGAGCAGUGAUUUCAGUUUUUGUUUUCAGGAAGAAACGAUAGUGCAAGAAAUAAAAAUCGCCUGACCAGGGCAGCACACAAAAUGUCCACCACCGGCAUGGAGAACCUUGAGGGUGCGGACUCGACGCACAACACCAAGGUGUCCGAUUCCGCUUACUCAAACAGUUGCAGCAACAGCCAGUCGCAAAGGAGCGGCAGCUCCAAGUCACGCCACAGUGGCAGCAACUCGUCCGGCAGCAGCGGUUACGGCGGCAAGGCGUCGACGCAGGCCAGCAGCAUUGCGCCGCUGCCCCAGGCGGCAGCCAAGCGCACCAAGGACAAGGAGCGCAAGAAGAAGAAGCUAAAGACGUCCACCGACAGUGGCACCGUACCGGCGCCGAACGGUUCCGCCGGUCCCGGUGGCGUUACGGCCGGCACGGCACCAAAUACAGCCCACGGCACGGUUGCCAACGCGAACGUCGCCAGCGAUGUCGAGCAGCAGACGCUGGCACCCGGGGGCUGCGGUGAGCCAGAACCGAUGGAAACGACCACCGGCAAUUCCUCCGUCGCCAGCGUAUCGGGCGAGCUGGGUGCCGUUGGUGCCGGAGCUGGAGGAAUGCAGACGGCGACCCACGGCGGCGAGUCGAAUGAGCAUCACGAGCUGGGCUCGGUCACCGGAGGCAAUGGGACAGCCGAGCUGGCCAGCGUGGAAGUGGCGGCCGCAGCCGCCGUGGCGCAGAUUAUUAAUGAAGAAAGCACUAAAGAUGACCGCAAACACCUGUCACAGGAACAGCUGCAUCGUUCGGGUGGCGGUGUAACGCAUGACGGUCGGCAGAAGAGUCUGGUCGCGCAAAGCAUUCUGCCUGGACCGGCGCCACUACCAGCCGGUGUAGCCUCGAUCGUGAAUUCGAUUGCGACCGGUGCCGGACUAAGAGCUGGCACCGUGUCCAGCAGUGGAACACUGUUGGGAGUGGUACAGCAGAAGCAGCAGCAGCAGCAACAACAACAACAACAGCAACAGCAGCAACAGCAGCAGCAUCACGGUGGGAUAAAUCAAUGCCAACAGAAGCAAACCCAGCAUCAUCAUCAUCACCAUGGCGCCCAUCAACAUCCCAAGCAGCAGCAUUCCUGCCUGCAGGAUCCAUCACUGGCGAAGCAAAAGCAUGUGCCACAGCAUCACUCUGCGCAACAGCAGCAGCCGCAGGAUAAGCAACACCUGCAACCGCAUCAGCAACAGCAACAGCAGCCGCAGCAGCAGCACCAGCAGCAACAACAACAACAGCAAGCCCAAACACAAUCAAACACUCCGCGCACCAACAAGCCGGACGUGGAGGAUGGCUUCUGCUGUGUCAUCUCCAUGCACGACGGGGUCGUGCUAUUCACCACGCCGAGCAUUACGCACAGCCUCGGCUUCCCCAAGGACAUGUGGCUCGGCCGAUCGUUUAUCGACUUUGUGCACCCGAAGGAUCGGGCCACGUUUGCGAGCCAGAUCACGUCCAAGGUGGUGGUGCCGCUCGGCGAAUCGAAAAGCGGCCAGAAGGACCAGAAAAACUCGCUGUACGUGAUGCUGCGCAAGUACCGGGGGCUGAAGACGGCCGGCUUUGGCGUUACCAAAACGACGGUCAACUACGAACCGUACCGGCUGGUGCUGACGUUCCGCGAGGCACCGGCGGAGAAUGCGGAAAUCAUGAGCGGCCGCAGCAUACUGCUCAUCAUCUCGGCCACCCCGGUCAAGAGCGUGUACAAGGAGCCGAACGAGUCGCUGUGCGAGCGGGACCUCAAGUUUAGCACGCGCCACACCACGUCCGGGGUGCUGAGCUACGUCGAUGGCAACUCGGUCGAAUCGAUCGGCUACCUGCCGCAGGACAUUCUAGGUCGGUCCGUCAUGGAGCUGUACCAUCCGGACGAUAUGCCGAUCCUGCGCAAAGCGUACGAAACGGUCAUGGUGAAGGGGCAGACGGCUGGAGCUUCAUUCGUCAGCCAGCCGUACCGGUUUCUGGUGAACAACGGGUGCUACAUCGUGCUGAGCACCGAGUGGACCAGCUUCGUGAAUCCGUGGUCGCGCGAGCUGGAGUUUGUGAUCGGGCACCAUCGCAUCCUGCAGGGGCCGUCGAUAGCGGACGUGUUUGCCGUGUCGCCGUUCUACUGCCAGACGCAGAACCAGUUCUCCGACGACACGCUGAAGGAGGCGAAGAUGGUGGAGGAGCAGAUACUGCGGCUGCUGAAGGAACCGGUCGCCAAGCCGUCCGACAUGGUGAAGCAGGAGGUGUCGAAGCGGUGCAAGGCGCUCGCCUCGUUCAUGGAGGAGCUGAUGGACGAGGUGGCCCAGCCGGAGCUCAAGCUGAACCUGCUGAACGAGUCGGACUUUACGUUCUCGGAGCGGGACUCGGUGAUGCUGGGCGAGAUUUCGCCCCACCACGAGUACUUCGAUAGCAAGAGCUCGUCGGAGACGCCGCCGAGCUACAACCAGCUGAACUACAACGAGAACCUGCAGCGGUUCUUCGACAGCCGGCCGGCCAUGAACAUCGAGGAGCAGAUGAAGAUGGACUCGUCCGGCGGCACGAACACGGAAACGAUCGGGGACGAGCAGUCGCACGCGGUCAGCCCCAACCAGCGCGGGUUUAGUGCGAGCGGCGGCGGGGGCAGCGGCGGGUCGGCGGGAAAUUUUAGCUCCGAAAGCAACGCGCAGAUGGACAGCACGACCAACACGACCAGCAACACGGGCGGGACGGGCGGGACGGGCACGUCGUCGGGCGGCGGGGGCAGCUUCCAGCCGCCGACGCUGACGGAGGAGCUGCUCUGCAAGCACAACGAGGACAUGCAGAAGGUGAUGCUGAAGAAGCACCGGGAGGCGCGGAUGGUGGCGCGCGGCACCGACAAGAACAAGAAGGGCCCACCGGACAAAGCCGGGUACGGGGGCGGCGCGGUCGGCCACGGGGUCAAGCGGGGCUCGUCCCACUCCUGGGAGGGGGACGCACACAAAACGAUCAAGCACCAGCACAACCCGGACGGGGGCGGUUGCUCCGCGAUGCUGCAGCAGCAGCAGCAGCAGCAGAAGAUGGGCCCGGUUGCGCCGCACGCCCUGCAGCAGCAGCUGCUGAUACAGCAGCAACAGCAGCAGCUGCAGCAGCAACAGCAGCAGCAGCAACAGCAGCAGCAAGCUCAGCAACAGCAACUGCAGCAACAGCAGCAGCAACAGCAGCAGCAGCUUUACCAGCAAACGAACAUGCACAUGCACUACAAGACGCAGCACGUCUCGCAACAGCUGCAGUACCAUCACGCACUACAAGGCCAGGGGUCGGCCGCACUGCAGCAGACGGGCGGAGGGAUACAAACCCACCUUCAGCAGCAGCAGCUGCUCCAUCAUCAACAGCAGCAGCAGCAGCAACACCAGCACCUUUCCCAUGCCGCGCCUAGCCAGCAGCAGCAGCAGUAUCCGUACCAAAGCACGUACCACAGCAACGGUCCAGUGCAGUCCACCGUCGCGGGCGAAAGCCUCCUCGCCGGUGGGAGCAACGCCAACCAACGCUCCACCUUCACGACACCCUCGAUACUGGCGCCCCAGAUGGCGUACGGGGGAGCACACACCACCGGCAGCAGCCUGACCGGGCGCACCGGCGACCUCUGGCCACCGUUCAGCGUGAGCGUCACGACGAUGCAAGCGUCGGCCGGGGCCGGUUCCAGUGCCGCCAGCUUCGUACCAUCGCACAGCAUAUUUCCCACCCUGUACUACAUCCCGGCGGCGGCGGCGGCCGCAACGGCCGCCCCCCAGCCCGCCCCGAUCACCGUGCCGUACAUGGCGGCCGGUGUCAUGUAUCCGCAUCCGCAGCUCUACCACCAGCAGUCGCUCCUGUACCCGCCGAUGAUGUACCACGCGAUGCCUUACCAGCCGCUUCCACCACCGUGCGGGCUUGACAGUGACACCCGAAAUCAUCAACACCAACAGCACCAGCAACAGCAGCAGCAACAGCAGCAGCAGCAACAGCAGCAGCAACAACAACGACAGCAACAACAGCAGCAACAGGCACAACGGCUUCAACCACAGCCCGGCCACAACACGUCGACUGGCGGUCCCGGGCUAGCCACCCCCGGUGGGAUAUCGGUCAGUCUCGGCCUACCAGCGACCGGUCAGCCUUCCGCACAAUCGGCCGAGGUGCCAGGUGUGCCGACCAACGCUGGCAGUGGUGGUGGCAAACACCCGGCACACAUGACCGUGCCACCGUCGGCCGGUAGCGGUUCCCAGUCGCAAACACCCUUCCAGCGUCCGUCCUCGCAGGCCACCUCGGUCAAAGCGGAACCGGGCUCGGCAUUGGGCAGCAUCGCUUCCGCUUCGAUCGUCGUCAAUCGGGCUUUUUCGGAAUCAUCCAAGAAGGAUCUCAUCGAUUCACCGCUCAUCUCCAACGUCGACUGCACGGACUGUGCGCUGGACGAGGUGCACGACAAGCACUGCGACACGACCGCGACCGGCAUUGACCGGCGGGUGAAUGGCGCUGGCACACGGCGCACCGACUCCGGACAGGGUGAUAAGCUCCCCAUGGGCAUCGGGAUCGGUGGCACGGCCGGCAACAACGGUGGUGAUCGCGAUGGAGGAGGUGUUGGCGAUGGCGGCGUUGUCGGACUGGGCGAGAUAAGCGACGAUAUGGACGAGUCCAGCUUUUCCAGCUUCUACUCGAGCUUCCUCAAGACGGACAACUCGUCCGAGGGACAGAACGGUGCGGAGCGGAAAGAGUCGAGCGAGAUGUGCUGGGAGAGUGGUUCGAACAAUGCCACGGCCACCACCAACCGAAUGCACGUGGAUGGCGACGGGUCCGACAAUCAGGCUGCACGUGACCGGGGUGGCAAGGGGAGUGGGGCGGGCGACGGUACGGGCACGAUGGUGCGGCCCAGCGGUGCCAAGCGGCGCCCCAAUCCGCCCUGGCUCGAUAACGUCUGCCAGACAAAGGAUCUCGUCUAUCGGUAUCAAAUUAACGAACGGUCGCUCAAGGAGCUGCUGGAUUCGGAUAAUUUGGCGUUGAAAAAAAUCAGCCAGCCCAUCCUGGUAAACGAUCAGCUGGGUCAGCUGUACCUGGAUCUCGAGCUGGAGGGCCUGUCGGCGAAGCUGUCGCUGAGCGAGGCGACCUCCGGCAGCAGCAGCGACGACUGCGACACCAAGGACAAAGCCAAAGUGAACAAGCGCAACAUGAAGUACAGCAAGCUGGUGAUGAUCUACGAGGAGAAUGCACCGUUCCCACCGCCGAACGAGUCGGAACCGUAGU